GGUGUCACAGCACGGUGCUGCCCGGUGCCCCGGAGCCGCAGCGGGCCGGGCAUCCGCUCCGGCGGCGCCUCGGCUCCCGCCAGCUCCGACUAUUCGCCGCCUCUCGCCUUCCUCCUCCCCUUCCUCCCGCUGCUCCCCGGGUGCCGGCGGAGGGGCAGCGAGAGGGGCUGGCGGGGCCGCGGCGGCGGCGGCUCCCGCGGGACGGCGGCCCCCCCGGCCCGGCCCCGGAGGGCGGGCGCGGGCUGCACCUGCCGGGAGGCGCCGGGCGCUCGGCGCGGCCGGGCUCGGCGGGGCCAUGCCGGCAGCCACGGCGCCGGGGCUGGACGUGCCCAGGACGGACAGCGGCGUCCCCCGCGGAUACGCAGGGCAGUGCAGCCGUGUCUUCCCUCCACAGCUCGGCACACUACAGAUCAUUCAUGGCAACGGCACAGCUGUGGGGACAGUGGUAACGUUCCAGUGCUCUGCCGAGCACCAGCUGGAGGGACCGGGUGUCAUCACCUGCAUUUGGAAAGGGAACAGUACCCAGUGGACAGCUGGAGUGCCUUCCUGCAAGCCCAUAUCAAAAUAUGAGACUUUUGGAUUUAAGGUCGCAGUGAUUGCCUCUAUCGUGAGCUGUGCUGUCAUUCUGCUGAUGUCCAUGGCUUUUUUAACUUGUUGUCUUAUCAAGUGUGUGAAGAAAAGUGAAAGGAGAAGGACUCAAAGAGAUAUGCAGCUGUGGUACCAGCUCAGAACUGAAGAACUAGAGCACAUGCAAGCUACUUACUUUGGUUUUAAGGGAAGAAACAAUAACAAUAACAAUAAGAAACUCAGGAAUAAAUCCGUAUUUGACAAUGUGACUAAAAUGGCAUAUGAUAACCAAGGCUUCUACAGGUUCCAGGAAGAGUGGACUCGUGACAUCAUAGCUCCUGAGUGCUGCAAAGACAACAAUCAUUUGCCUGAGUUAACCAAGAGCAGUAGUGCACCUGUGAAACAAGUUGUACCAGGACACAACACUGCGGUACAGGCAGUGAAUUCAAUGCAUGUCGUUGAAGUCUAUGGACAUAAGGAUAGUUAUAACAAACCGAGCUAUCAGAUACCUGGAUAGCUGGUGUCUGAAAUGCAAUUGCUUUUCUGGACCAAAAUGAAAUUUGGAUAGAAAUAUGUGCCUUAAAGACAGAAUCGAAAGUUAAUUAUUCAUAUGAAUUUGAAAGUUUUCUAUAUUACAAGAUGGUUAUUUAACAGAAAUGCUUCAAGGUCUGAUACAAAUAAAAAAAAAAUAAUAUCGAGGCUGGUAGUCCUUAGCCAUUCUCUAUGGUGUGCUAUGUAUUGUGACCAUGACAAAAGCAUAAUAUCAUUCUUCUGUGCAUCUAGAGAGAAAUGGUAGGCAGUUUGUAUAUUUGCCCUAUACAAAGUCACUGAUGAUAAUUACAUAUUCAUAAGAUUGCAACCUUCUUUUAACAAGUGGUUUUUGUAAGCAUUUCAGAAUGACAAAUCCCCCAUAUUUUUACACAAUAGUAUGAUAGAACCGCAAUAAAAUUGUAAUUAAAAGCCCCUGUUGUUUUGUA